ACCAUAUUAUCCCUUUUAACCUGGGACACUCAUGAAUUGCACAGGUUCUGUGGCUGCUUAAAACCAGGCGAAAUGCAGGCUUCUAGUCAGUCAGUCACAUGUUAAAGAUCCACAGGCGGUACUAAUUAUUUUGUUAUGAGACACAGAAAAAAUGCAGUGCUAGGGUUCCUUGAGUAAUGGAGUUGGAAAAACUGCACAACUCCUAAACUUUCUGAUCAUGGCUGAAUUUUUCCUAAAUUUGAUAAUAUUAGGAAAAAUCACUGGGACUUGCUCUGGAAACCUGGCGGCACCCCGUCUGAAGACUAAUUAAGCAAAUGGAAAUUUCCAAAAGCUUAGUCAGUGAUUACUCCCCUUCAGAAGCGGUGUAAUUUGCAUCCAAUGUCGGAACCUGGGUCUUCUACAGCAGCGAGGCAAUAUGAGAGAAGACACACAUAUACCCAAGAAAGACAAAACCAUCAUAGAUGGCUUUCCCGAUCAUACUUAUGACAACCCAACCUUUCAACAAGAUGAAAAGCAAGCAAGUAAUGGAGUGAAAAAGGAAAAGAGUGACAAAAAGAAGAAAGGGGAAAAAAAUGCUCCUAAAGCAUCUAUGGUGGGAUUUUUUGAGCUGCUGUGCUAUGCUGAUUCUUUUGAUAUAAUAUUGAUGGUCGUCGGUUUGCUGUCUUCUCUCGCCUGUGGCACUGGACUUCCUCUAAUGAUCAUAGUCUUUGGGCAGAUGACCGAUGCUUUUGUUCAAAGUGGUACUACUCUAAAUACAACAAAAUUAAACACUACCAGUGCAAAUGGAACAUGUACUGCAAAGUACAUUGGAACUUUUGACAUAGAAAGUGAAAUGACAAGAUAUUCAUACUACUAUGUUGGGAUUGGCUGUGGUGUCUUUGUACUAAGCUUUUUCCAAGUUUGGACCUUCUUGUUAUCCGCUGCGAGACAGACUCACAGGAUCCGCCAGAGAUUCUUCAAAGCUGUCCUUCAUCAGGAAAUGGCUUGGUUUGACUCAAACCAGAUUGGGACGCUGAACACCAGACUUACAGAGGAUAUUAACACUAUUCAUGAAGGACUUGGGGACAAGAUUUCCAUAUUCAUCCAAUUCUUGUCCACCUUUAUAGCUGGCAUCAUUAUUGGAUUUGUGAAUGGCUGGAAACUGACACUGGUCAUCCUGUCAGUAAGCCCUAUUCUUGGUGUAUCUGCAGCACUCUGGACCAAACUUCUUGCAACCUUUACAAUGGAGGAAUUAUCCGCUUAUGCAAGCGCUGGAGCAGUGGCAGAGGAGAUCAUUACAGCGAUACGGACAGUUGUUGCUUUUAACGGACAGGAGCAGGCAUUGACUAAGUAUAGAGCCAAUUUGAGAAAUGCAAGAGAAGUGGGAAUAAAAAAGACAAUCACUACUAAUGUAUCAAUGGGGCUCACUCAGUUCCUCAUCUUUGGAGCAUACGCCUUAGCUUUCUGGUAUGGAACCAAACUAACAGUGGAUGAGCCAGAAACAUACAGCAUUGGGAAAGUUCUCAUUGUAUUUUUUUCAGUGCUCAUUGGAACUUUUUCCCUCGGUCAAGCAGCUCCUAACGUAGAGAGUAUUGCCAAUGCACGUGGAGCUGCCUAUGAAGUCUACAAAGUAAUCAAUAAGCAUCGACCAAUAGACAGUAGUUCUAAAGAAGGACACAAGCCAGAUAAAUUGAUAGGACACAUUGAGUUUAAGAAUAUCCAUUUCUCCUACCCAAGUAGACCUGAUAUACAAAUUUUAAAGGGCCUGAACCUCCAAGUUCAAGCUGGAAAGACUGUUGCUCUCGUUGGGUCUAGUGGUUGUGGAAAAAGCACCACAAUUCAGCUGUUGCAGAGAUUCUACGACCCUGCGAUAGGGGAGGUGACGGUUGAUGGACAUGACAUACGGACACUCAAUGUGCAGUGGUUACGAGAAAAUAUUGGCGUUGUCAGCCAGGAGCCUGUUUUGUUUGGAACGACAAUCAGAGAAAAUAUUCGCUAUGGUAGAGAGGAUGUUACAGACGCUGAGAUAGAUCAAGCUACCAAAGAAGCCAACGCCUAUGACUUUAUAUCUAAGCUUCCAGAUGGGUUAGACACAAUGGUGGGGGAAAGAGGAGCCCAGCUCAGUGGAGGCCAGAAGCAACGAAUAGCUAUUUCUCGGGCUCUUGUACGUAAUCCCAAAAUCCUGCUGCUGGAUGAGGCGACAUCAGCUCUGGAUACACAGAGUGAAAGUAUUGUGCAGAAUGCUCUAGAUAAGGCUAGAGCUGGCCGCACCACAAUUGUGAUAGCUCACCGGCUAUCCACCAUCCGUACGGCUGAUGUCAUUGCUGGAUUUCACAAUGGCGUUGUGGUGGAACAAGGAUCCCAUGAAGAGCUGAUGACGAAGAAAGGGGUGUACUAUUCUCUUGUAAUGCUGCAGAAUUAUGAAAAAAAUGAAGAGGAAACAGAAGAUGAUGAUGACAUGGAAACAGAAGACGAGGAAGAAGGAGAACUAUUUGAAUAUGAGGAUAAAGUCACUGAAGAUGUUCCAGAAAUUAUUGCUAAUGGCUUGGACAUCAUAAGCAGAGAUAACUUGCACAGGCAUUCCAGCAAGAGGAAAAGUAGAAGAUCUUCUAGAAGGAAAUCCAAGUCCAAAAAGUCUACCGCCAAAGCAAAUGGGGUUGUGGAAGAGGAACUUCCCAAUUUCUCUCUUCGUAGGAUACUAGCACUCAACAAACCUGAAAUGUUCUAUAUAGUCAUUGGUGUGAUUGCUGCAGCCAUAUCUGGAGGCAUAUACCCAACUUUUGCAGUCAUGUUUGGGAAAAUUAUUGGGUCAUUCAGCAUCACAGAUGAAGUAGAAAAAAGUCAAAAGACUGUCUUGCUUUCCCUUAUGUUUCUUGCGCUGGGAGUGAUCAGUCUAAUAGUAUACAUUGUCAUGGGCUUUGCUUUUGGAAUCUCGGGAGAAAAUUUAACCAUGAGACUAAGGUCUUUAUCAUUUAAGGCACUACUCCGCCAGGAAAUCGGAUUCUUUGAUGAUCAUGCAAAUGCAGUUGGUGUUUUACUGACCAGACUCGCUACAGAUGCAUCACAAGUAAAAGGGGCUACUGGCACUCGGAUCGGUUUGAUCACUAUGACGGUGUGCACUCUCCUGACAGCAAUCAUAAUUGCGUUUGUGUAUGGCUGGCAGCUAACACUGCUUAUUUUGGCGUGCGUACCAUUUCUGAUUGGUGCAAAUUUCAUUAGAAUGAAAUCCAUGUCUGGUCAUGCAUCAAAGGAUCAGAAAGCUUUAGAGGAAGCUGGAAGGAUCUCAACUGAGGCAGUUGAAAAUAUAAGAACAGUGGUAUCACUGACAAGGGAAGAGGCAUUUUACAACCGAUAUAAUGAAAGUUUAUCAGGCCCUUACAAGGACUCUUUGGCUAAAGCUCCGCUCUAUGGCAUCACUUAUGCUGUUUCCCAGUCAAUGAACUACUUUGUGAACGCAGCUGUAUUUCGGUUUGGAGCCUGGCUGAUUGCACACUGCUACACAGCAUUCGAGAAUGUGUUCAUCGUUUUCUCUGCAAUUAUUUUUGCUGCUAUGAAUGUCGGACAGUCCACGUCUCUUGCGCCUGACUUUGGAAAAGCCACCAUAUCAGCCCAACGCAUUAUGAAGCUCCUGGACAGAAAGCCAGCGAUAGAUAGCUACAAUGAGGAUGGCGAAAAACUGAGUGCAUUUGAAGGAAACCUUGAGUUCAGAGAUAUCAAAUUUGUGUACCCAACAAGAGCUAAAGUCCAGGUUCUUCAGGGGCUAAGUGUUAAAGUUUCCAAAGGACAAACUCUGGCCCUGGUGGGGAGCAGCGGUUGUGGGAAAAGUACCUCUGUUCAGUUACUGGAGAGGUUUUAUGAUCCAGUGGAUGGAAGAGUGCUUGCAGAUGGAAUAGAUACAAAGUCAUUGAAUUUGAAGUGGCUGAGGUCCCAAAUGGGAAUUGUGUCCCAGGAGCCUAUGCUGUUUGACUGCAGCAUAGCAGAAAAUAUUCAGUACGGAGCUCUUGACAGAACAGUGACUGAUGAAGAAAUUGUAGAAGCUGCAAAAGCUGCCAAUAUCCACACCUUUAUUGAAAGUCUGCCUAACAAAUAUUCCACACGGGUUGGAGAUAAAGGAGCCCAGCUUUCAGGAGGACAGAAGCAGAGAAUUGCAAUUGCCCGUGCCUUAAUUAGAAAGCCAAAAGUGCUGCUGCUGGAUGAAGCGACGUCUGCUCUUGAUACAGAAAGUGAAAAGGUUGUCCAGAAGGCUUUGGACGAUGCCAGGCAGGGCAGGACAUGUGUGGUUAUUGCUCAUCGAUUGACAACGGUGCAAAAUGCAGACAUCAUCGCUGUAAUUCAAAACGGGAGGGUGAUUGAGCAAGGGACUCACCCCCAGCUGCUGUCAAAGCAAGGCGCAUAUUACGCUCUUGUAAAUUCACAAGUCACUAACUGAUACAAGGACAUUUAUAUUAAAUAUUUUCAGGGCUAGAUUAUGGGGUAAGAUGGAACCCUGGCCCAUGAAGCCCUUUGCCAUCUACCAGCGGGGAAUACUUCAGUACCUGGAGCGCAGGUCAUCCUGGUAUCAUGGCUGGAAAAAUGGUGUUUGAUCAGUAACUGAUCAUACAGUGAACAUCGUACAAAUGAAGAUGUCUUCUACGUUUUUGUGCAAUGUUCUUGUUGUUGUUGUGAUACAUUAAUUACCAUAUGAUGAUGUGAGUACUGUCACUUAUUCCUUCAGAAAGACCAAAUAUAAUAUAUCUAACACUGCCUAUUUAUUACAUGACUUGUCUAGGCAUAAUUAGGCAAAGGUUGUAAGGUCAAAUCUUUUUUUUGUUACUGAUAGUUUGGCCAGUCGCAGCAAUACAUCCGGUCCUUACCUGCUCUAUAUAUUCAACUUACCAUUAUAUGUAUAUAUGCGUCUUGUGUGUUUAUAAAAUAUAAUAUGUUACAGAAUUGUAUAUGGAUUUUUGCAUAGCAUGUAAAUAUAUAUAUAUAUUAUAUUUAUGUGUGUUUGUAGUCUAUCCCAUCGCUAUGUGUCUUUUCUAUCAUAUUUCUGCCUCAUCUCUCGCUGCAACUUUUCAGCACCUUUAUGAAGGGAUACUGUCAAGCAGAUGAGCAUCUGUCAUGGUUAUACCUAUAUUUUCAUUGUUUUUUAUAUUAUUUUUAUGUGUUUGAUGUUUUUUCAACUGGAAAUGGGCAGCUGUAAUCUCGGCGAACAUGUGAUUGCGGCUCAGUGGGUCCAAAACCAAGAUGGAGCCUACAGAAUAUUAUCUGUUUUGGAAACUAAAAGUAUUUGCAUUAUAUAAUAGACAGUAUAAUAUACCCUGUUUGUGGAAUAGGACUAUUUUAAUUCUUAACUUGGCAUUUCAAUGUAUAUAUUUUGAAUAUAGCUAUUAAAUGUUGUUUUUGUAAAUGCCAGAAAACUAUGUUAAACAAUAAAACAUUUUGUUGCUUGUAA